GCUAAGCUGUCACCUUCAAGUUUGCUGUUAGUAUUUUGGCUUAGUGUCAAGGAUAACAUUUUGCUCCAUAUAACAACCCGAGUAUAACAAAAUUAUCGGAGUGUGACAAUGCAGCACGACAAAUUCGCGUGUUAUCUUAAUAUUCCCCACAUCUGGCGAUUUCAUAAUUUCUGUCAAACAUUAAAAAAGAUUUCGUAACCGGGCAGAACCGGAUAGAAAAAUAAUCAGCCCGGACCUUUGUUUGCUUGUAACUUUCGUAACUUGUGUAAUGCUUUUGUUACGAAUUGUGGUUCGUGCUGGUGUUCAUGGCCCAAACACGCUAUGAAGCUAAAGGUGGUGAAUCAGUGUGGUGCGUAGCAUCUCAAUUCGUUACGGGUGGGUAGUUAUCUUAAGACUUUGGCGAAUUCGUUUUUCUCGUGAUUUCACAGUCUCCAAAACCCAAGCGACUGUUUGUGGCUUGGACGUUGUUGCUACACUUGAGCUCUGAAUUUUUAACAAGGUAUAUGGCUAAUGAUCAAGGGCACUUAACGGCAGCUGCUUACGAUUCACAUGCGAAUGCUCAUCCAGACAGGUGAACAAAGGCUAAGCAAGAAUUUCGUUAAGGAUUUUAUGAAAACGGGCCAAGAGAGAUCGAUGUGUUUAUUCAUGCGCACGGACGGAUAGAAGGACUACGUUAUUGAUCCUGAGUUUUGAAAUGAACUACCAGCCAUUUGCGAUGCCCUCUGCUUUAAAUGCUCGGUUUCGUAUUCAUAUCGGCUUUUGCUUAAUACACUCAGCCUAAUCCUUUGCAAAUUGCCAACGAAAUAUCGACCUGGCCACCACUGAGUAAUGUCAUCAGACAAGACUGCACAAAGAAUCCAUGAAUCGCGGACUAUUGUUAUUCUAUUUUAUGCAAAUCCUCGCUAGUCAACAUUUUAGCAUUUUAUCGUGUAGCCGGCAUAAUUUAGUAAUUGAAUUAAGUUACCUUUCGCAAUCGAAUAAAUUUUAAUAAUUUAAUUUUAGGAGACUGUCCCUUCAUACACAAUAAAACAUUUUAUCAAAUAAUUAAAAUCUAAAACCAUUCGGCGUAUUAAAUUCAUAUUGAAGAAGUGGACAUUUAUAGGAAUACAGGUUUUCAUAAAUGUUUUGUAUGGCUUUGAGAAAUUGUCGAGCCACAAUAUGAAAAUAAUGCGCGGCGCGGGACGCUUGAUGAUUUCCACUAAGCCGUAAAUUCGCUUCAUAUUUAUACGCACACGCUUCUGCAUCUACGCAUCCACUGGCAUAUACGGGAAAGCACAACUUUCACAACCAUUAGAAGUCGUGGGCAACUGAAAUUGAGACCUUUAAGAGCCCUAGGCCGAGUGGACCGCUCUCGUGGGCUGGCACCCACUACCAGGGGCUUGAAAUAAAUCCGUUGCCAUGGGCCAUACACGACUUUGUCAGCCAGAUUUUAAUUCAAUUACAUCUGUAGCUGCAAGUUGUGUGCAAAUAUUUUCAUAGGAAAAAUUAAAUCGUAGCCCGACCCACCAGUCAUACCACGCUUUAAAGCAAUUCAGCAAACAAGACCAAAAAAAAAUGCCCCAGGCAUUCGCGUGCGCCGCUAUUUGCACUUGAAUACAAACAUACUUGGUCAAAGGAAGUAAGAAUAUAGGAAAGUUACUGAAUGUCUAGCAGCCUCAGAGAUCUUUACUGAAUCAUUUGUAUUAUAUAGUCCUAUACAUUAAAUACUGUAUUGCAUAAGCCCAUUGAACAGUUCCAUUAUUAUAUAAUCUUCUGAAAUGAAAUUCGCUAGUGACGAAUAUGUUAACUUCGUGCAUCUUUCCUAAACUAUUUCCCACAUACCACUUGUAUUGGCAAUGCAUUUUCUCAUAAUCGAUCACAUUGCAGUCACUUAUUCUGAAGCAGACACUUUGAUUUUGAUAAGCUGGCUUAUAAAGAACAACAGCUACAACAAUUAAAAUUAAGACAAGAAUCGCUUACCGCCGCAGUUUGGCUUACGGAUAAGCAAUAAAAGCAUGAACAAAACUUUGCACAGGAAGUCGCUAUGGGGCGAAAAUCUGAAGCGGAAAUCGAAAUUUGUUAAAUGGAGCAAUCGAUGAAUAGCGUUGGAUCUGACGUGCUCAACUCCACGCCCCUCGCAAGUCCACAGUUUGGUUUUACAUUUUAUCGCUUGUACGUUUGCACCAUUUCAAUUACAAACAAUAACAAUAAAAUGUGUACGAAGGAGACUACGGGACGAGCACGAGCAAGCCGUUAAAGUUCAAGAAAAUGCGUUGGCAAAAAAAAAAAGCGGAAGGAGGAUUAGUUCACACGGAAGUGGCUGUCAAUUGACCCCCUGUGACCCCCAUGGCUCCAAGCCAGGGAACGUAUUGGCGUCCGUGCGGAAGUUUGACGCCAAUGCGGGAAUAGUAGGUAAAUAUUAUUGCAAGGAAAUUUAAAUACAAAUUUUCCAUUCUCGUCUGCAGUAUUUCAGUUUGUAACGCUAAAGUGAACACGUUAAUGGAAUUGUUUGGGUUCAUUUCUUCGCUCAUGCCCUUUUAAAUUUCUUAUACGUUUUUUUAAUGCAUGUUUAGAUAUGCUUUGCAAAUUUUUUAAAACAAAAACGUAAAUGGAGGUAUCAUCAGGUAUCACCAGUAUCAGUAUCAAAAAUUAUUUAUAAAAUUAUUAGCUAGCCUACUGAAAAUAAACGUUUAUUCCUUAGUGAGAAGGUGCAUCCUCCACGUCCUGGCAAAUCUCUGAGCUCGAAUAAUGCGUCUUUUUUGGCGGCAUUAAGCUAUAACACAGUCGUUCUAACAGAUUUACGACUUGCUGUGCCAUUAACCAUAAUUAACGACCCAAGUUUGAAGGACUGUAUUUUUUAAUAAAAGCCAUCUGUGUAACAAGAUGUUAUGAGAUCUUUACAGCCAAGCUAACUAAUCUCAACCUUGCUACAAUCAAUACAUAGGUUGACAUAAUUCAAAGCAAGUAACAAAGUCUUGGAACAGAAAACUUAUUUCAUUAGCAAAGUCCAUCAACUCAAAAGCCAGUGAAAAUUACGUUGUGAGACAUCCCACUUCACAAUGUGUUUCUACAUGUUGUGGACAAUUUAAUUCAACGCUAAUAAAACUCCAGUAAAGUGAAAUUUGUUAGCUGUUGUCGCCCUUGGCAGUCACUGGGAACGAUUAUCAUUGACAGCCGCUGUAUAAGUGACAAACGGUGGCCAUGUGUUAAUCUGGGACGGUCUUAGCACAGUGCAAGAUUAUGGGCAAGAAAAAAACAAUAGGUACAGGACCAACAAUACGCACAAGCAAAAACUUGCACAUAAACAAAAACAAAAAAACAAACAAAAUAACAGUGGUCAACAUUUUUAGUUGCGGUAGAAUGAAUACCAAAGUGUGUUUCAUGAACAACACACAUUAAUAUAGCUACUCUCAUACGUUCACAGAGAAAGACUCUUACGUAAAUAGAAAUACAUCUCCACAGACUUGGAGACGCACAUACGCUAUAGGAAAAGCAAUCACUGCCUUGGCAACAUUUCUUAUAUCACAAGUGGCCAACUGUACCCCACUGAUGGGGCCCGUUCAUUGUUGGCUCUGUGUCUUGCGCCACUUUUAUUAUUAUUGAUGACAGUUUUGAACAGAAAAUAAAAAUAACAAAUGCAUCAAAAUACUUCUCCUAUCUCACCGUCUGUCCAUCUCAGAAGCUUGUGCUGUGGAGGAACCUAACAUAAGAUCAAAGUGAAGGGAAGAAAUAUCUUCUUGCAGGCAUAAAGUUGACUUACAAUAUAAUGUUUUACAAGUCAAUUUUUGACCGAAUUGGGAAGUAUACGAUAUAGUUAUUUGAUAUUGAUAGGAGUAAACCUAAAUAUAUAUCCGAUUUUUAGAGCCAGAGACGUCUCCUUUAAAAAAAUAACUACACCCCUCGCAAGGAUAUCAAAAGCGAACUAAACUCAAAUAGGGUGGCGCACGAAGAUUCCCUAUAAUUUAAGUUGUAAAUGAACUGCUUAGCUUCUAUUAAAAAGUUUUCACACCGAAAAAAAUGUAUACCCAAGCCGCGCUGAGACAUAUUCCUAAUAGAUGACAAUGCAAAGUAACAUCAACUGAUACUAUCAUCAUAUACUUUGGGAGUAAAAAAGAAAAAAUAAAAUAAUGGAGAAAAAGCAACUCAGGAAUAAGAUUUAACGAAAAACUAAUUUCAUUAGGUUGGCAGCAGCCGUCACGCGAAACUGCGAAAAAUAAAAUAUAAAAGUUUCUUCCCGAAUUUUUUAUUUACAUAAAGAUGUGUGGAAGCAAUGCCACAAAAAGACCCACAAGGCAAGAUAAAUUACCGGAAAGUGUAUACUGUACAGACAUCUGUUGUCCCUUUUGCCGUAAGCUCCAGAUAUUUUUUGUAACUUUUUCUUCUACAAAGUUAAACUAACUCUGAUGCAGCACAUCAACAAAUUUUUAUAAUUUUUGCUCCAGUUGGAAACAAAUGUCUGAAUAGUACGUGCUCCAUCAAUUUUAUACUUUAUAUUCCCUGCCUACCGAGUUACCCAAACGCAAACAAACUCACACAUACACACAUCCACAUAUUGAGCUGACACACCCAAUUGAUUAACCUAAGCCACACGCCAUAGCAACUUUGCUGAGUAGAGCUGAGGCAGCACACCCAAGUUAAUUUUGAACCGUUUAUCAAAUGGCGCUGAGCUGAAAACUUAGAAUGCAUGUGCUGCCGGAUGCCAGACUAAAAGCAUGGGUGAGUAGUGCACCUUGGCUGGCCGGCUCAACCAGCUGGUGGCAGAUGCAGCCUGGCCAUAAUGCAAAAUAGCAAAAUAGGAGCAAAAACUAGAUAUCAAACAAACCUAGAUGGACUGAGCAUCAAAUAUGAUGUUACAAAAUCCGGUGGGAGCGUUGCUCAGCUAUUUGUCAAAUUUGGCUCUGCUUAGCUCUUUGGCAAAAAUUGAUGACUUGUGAAAAUUCCGACAUUAUGAAAACUGAAGUGGGCAACAACUUACACAAAGUGUGGGGCACAAGGAGUUGACUCAACAGCCAACAGCUGUAAAGCAUAUUUUUUCACUUCUUAACAGAAUAAUGUGAGAACUCAGUCAGAACAUGACAAUUGCAGCUUGUGGUUCUACUUUGCACAGUGUCACGCCAAUUUCGAAGCACUUAACGCCUGGUUUCUGACUGUGCAAUCGGCGCAAAAACAGUGUAAACUGCAAGCAACCAACACGAAAUGAUUUUUCAUGAAUUCUCCUUGACACGUAUACACCUUGAGGCAACGCAUGCGUUGCCACUAACUGCUGGGGUGUAAACAUUUGCCGCUCGAAUGAAGCGCCCAAUGAGGCGACUCAGACGAGUGCAUAAAGCAUGCUCACACAGCCACCACAUGUGGCUGCUAGGGUAACCCAAAACAAAUAUUAUAUGAAAAGUCGGUAAAGGUGAGCAAGGCUAAGUUGACAGCGGUAGCCCCUACAAGAUCGCAUAGCUGCAAAGUCAAACCAACAUAGUAUUGAAGCGAUAGAUAUUAUGUAAAAUAGUGUUAAGUGAAACUGAAACAAUGUUACGAAACAACUUCACCUUCUUUGCUCGCAGAGUGCGAUUUUUAUUAUGCACGUGCAUUCAAAAUGUCCAUAUUCCUCACGGCUCAGACAAAGGCAACUUUCAACAAAGCUGAGGUGUAGUUCCCAUACAACGUGUUAAACUAGGCGUCCGUUUUCAAGUACGCGUAUUUUCCGAUCCAUUUAUCACAGCAAGAGCAGCCACAACCAGAACAGCUCCUAUAAUAUCAGCAAAGAUGCCUGGUAACAAAGCGGCAGCCUAUGCCCCAUUAUGCCCUGCGUGUGUGGGUGAAGUUCGAGCCAGUUAACGGAAAAAUGCAAUAAAUGCAGCAAAUGUGUUGCUUUGUGUGGCUGCUGCUGUUAAACGCAUUUUAUAGAAACUGCAUUCAUGCAACACAGCCAACGCCCAUUUGUAUGCAAUAUUUUUUGCACUCUAUGUGAAUGGCUUUUAUUAUAAUCGUUUGCUCGCCGAGGCAUCAAAAGCAGGGCUCUUUAGCACGAAUUUCCAUCACAAAACGGGCCAAUUAGCGAGCGUUAAAUGCAAACGAUUUUGAUUGCAAAAUAAUUACCAUCACUGAAGACAUUUUAGAAUGUUAAUCUCGAAUCAUGCGACUAAGUAUUGUAGUUAGUUAUAGACGUGAAAGAGAAGAAGCAUUGACUGCUUGUCGAAGCGUGGCUUCAGUAUAUUUCCCAAAAAGCGGUCAUAAAGUGGCAGGACUAGGAAGAAGCUCAUGUCUGUUUUGCUGUUUUUGCUAUAAAACUUUUAUUAUACAUAUGUACAUAAAGUAGACGUACUAAGGGAGACUGUACACAAAUUUGUCCUAAAUUUUGCUUAAAUGGGUCACUGCUAUCAUUGGCUUGGCCACCUGGUGAACGAAGUGUUUGAUUAGCUGACACACACCCAGUCUAUCAGACUUGGUGAACGAAUGCUUAAAUUUUUCAAGACUUCAAUUUAAAGUUGCAUCUAGUAAAAAUGCAGCCUUUGAAAACCCAAAGCAAUUUACUCGCAAUCGCAGCGAAGGCCAUAAAUUUAAGUCCAAUGCGAACCGAGGCAUUGCUGUUCACCAAAUUCAAAGCUGACCACAUUCAAAUUUUUCAAGCCACACAAAUCCGCGUUGACUGGCUUUGUACUAAAAGCAGAAAGCAAAGAAGUGAGGUAUAAGGAAACAACGUAGUACUGCACGCAAUGUGGCUCGGCGUUGAGAUACCUAAUGACAUGCUACAAGAGUCAACGCAUAACCAAAGACAGUGCUGACCCAGCAUUUUACUGGCCCAAGCACAGGGUAUAAAACAAAAUUGCUACAAGGGUUAACAUGGGCAACAGACGUGGAAGCGACCGCAACAAUUUCUACAGCCGUGGGCAACUUAAUUUCAAUAUAAAUAAAUAAAAUUCGUACAAUGUUUUCUUUUUGGCUCUUUUCAACAUCAUGUUUUCGCGCAGCUGCCAACCUGCUGCCAAGUCCUGGGGAUCAGGGGAAACCAGCAUUUGAAAGACCUGCCCAAUGCAAUACGUUCAUUUGUUAGAGCUCUUCCUUGCUUGCUCUAGUACAAGCACUUUAAAAAAAAAAAAACAAACUGUAUUCAGUAAAAAUAACCUAAGAGCAUACUUUUGGAGCUAUCAGCCCUGAAAAACUCGCCUCUUGCAGCCGCAAAUGCUACGAAAAAUUAAGAUAAAUUCAAUUUGCUUGACUCCGGCAGAAGGCACACAAAUAAUCCCAUAUACAGUUCUUAUUGCCACCACACAUCCGGUCAACAAGUUGUUGGUUGUCUUGCCCCGGCAUAAGAUGUUUUAGCAUCUAGUGCGUAUGCCGGUCUCGGUCUGGCUUUUGUCAUUGCCACACAUAAGUAUAAAUAAGUGUAGGAGAGAGCAUAUAGCCGUAUGGCCAUGGCCAUAGACAUACUUACUAGAACGACUGUGCUUAUACUUUUUGCCUCUGCGUUGUGCAUGCGCUAUUGAAAUUCAAUAAGGGCGACUGCCGUGGCUUACAUUAUGCUGGCAGGACCACAAAGUCGCCUUCUCCUAGCCAAUAACGACGUUCGCUCCAUUCCCACAGCACAAACAACUGGUGUAGCCGUGUCCUACUGGGAUGUGGCUAUAUGUGUGCGAUGACUUUCAUUACUAUGAAAUUGAUUUCCGCUUAUGGCACUUUGGUAUUGCUUACAUGUUGCGUCUGCUGCAAACACUGACAGGCACCACUCACGAACAAUGAAUGACUUUUUCUGUCGCUUAUCUUCAUCAACAUGGAAAAGUCUUCGACAGAUAUGCUAGGCCACUGAGCUGAUUAGGAUAAUGACUUUAAUAAGCUUGCCAGUUCGUAGGCGCUGAAGGGCAAUUAUUCAAUUAAUUGUGCUUACGUAUUUAAUUAUAUUUUUGAUGCUGCUGGUGCGGUUGAUUUUUAAGACUACGUGACUUAUCCUCGGGGCAUACUUUGCAAUUAAAAUUGUUGCACUGUCAACGGCAGCUAAAUGCUUUCAGGCUGCGCGUCAGGAUGUUAAUUGCUCAUAAUUGAGCAUUGCACAUGCACUUUAAGUGGCCGGCAAAGGGAAAGGAAGUAUGCAACUUCUGAACGCUAAUUAAAGGACUCGUUCAGAAGGCGAAACGCCUUGUAAGACCAUUUUCUAUUGCUGCCCUGAAAUAAUUAGCCCAAGAUGUUUUGACUACGUUGAAAACUUAAUUGCAGCGCACACGCUAAUUGCCCAACGGAUGUGGUAGUAAAUUGAUGACGUAUAAUUAAACAAUAAAGAACGGAUAUAUUCACAAAAGGUAUAUACACAAAAGGUUUUUUUCGACCGAUUGAUCCUAUGGGACCCAUAUUUCUUAAAUGGCCUAUCUGAUAUCAUAGUGAAACUUUUAUAUGACAAGUGUGGUCAAGAUAUCUUAAAGAUAAACUAUUUUAAACAAUGGCAUAUUAUAAUGGCCUCGACAUAUAUUUACUGCCUGUAAUAAAAAAAUAGAUCUAUGCGACUGACUUGGGUUAAUUACCAACAUAUAUAUAUUUAUAUGUACAUUACACAAAUACGUUACGUUUUGCCAAAAUUUAAUACUACCCCUACAAGGAAAGAAGCAUCCAACAAACUGACCAAACAAAACAAUUUAUUAAAAUGCUUUAGCUAUAAAAAUAAAUAUCGAUAAAACUAAACAAGUAUACAUAUGUCAUGCGGCUGUUCAACGAAAUGCAAUUGCUGCCGUGCAUGUUGCAGAAAGGUAUCAGGAUGGUCGGUUGCAUUUGCAGUUGAUUUAUUAGUGAAAGCAAAUCACUUGCUAAAAAAUAAACGAAAAUACGUAAAAUUGAAUGCAUGCUAGAGGCAAAACAAGCAGUAAGCUCCUAGUAUGCAGUACACAAAAUGCGUAUAUUGCGUGUGUCUAAAAUGCUCCAGGAAUCACUCGGUGUCCAUUUGGUCGAUAUUACAAUUUGCAUACUCGUGGUCGUGUCUUCUGCAAGAGGCUGGCGGGAGUGUGUUAAAAACAAAAGUGCACUUCAUUAAACAACCAUCAAAACAACUCAAUAAAAUAAUAUUUUUCAGAGAGAAUAAAACGAAUUGUGGCUGCGUAUGUAGAUUUGAAUGUGGUUGAAUGUAAAUGUGUGUGCCACAUGUACCAAAAACUAUAUAAAUAUCGCAAACAACGAAACUUUUCCGAUUCAAAUGCGAUAACAUUGCGCGGCAGGCCACAAAUUUCUGGUUAUCCUCAUAUUUACUGCAAACAGACAAGCGCACAGGCCCAUGGGCAUUUCAUAUAUCCAAGGCCGAACCCGAACCAUAUUAGGACUUGACAAGCUACUGAUGGUAUUUUUGUUAUGCUUUUAACUGCAAAGAGCACAAAUGUAACUAUAUUAAUUUAAUGAAAUGCAGUCCAUCAAAUCCUAAGCAGUUGGAAUGCAUCUAUAAGCGAUACUUAGUUACAGUUUCAUGCAUGCUGUCUGAUGUGUCAGUCAGAUGUGUCAGUCAUCCUUAGUUUUCUCGCUUGGCAGCAACCAUGCGGGGAAGGAAGUCACUAGGAUUUGCCAUCGCUGCAAAUUGGACGAAGAAUAAAAAUGCUGUACGUCAAUAAAAAUUUGUCAUAUAAACGUAAGUGGCUCUAGCCUAUAACCAUUUGUAUACCAUGUGCCGUUUAAUGGAAUGUAUUAUUAUAUACCUCGUGCAGGGAUCAAACAAAAUGCUCAAGAUCACGACAAUCUGCCAUCUUAUCGAGUACUUCAAGUUUUACUAGAACAACUUUUUGGAUGAGAUGUUACUUAGUUCAUUUCAUAUUGAUGUAUUUGAAAGCAAAGGAACACCCGAAUCAAGACUCGAACUCUUAUUUGUUCAUGUGGCAAAAAUCACACAAAGUCACAAAAUAAGCGAAACAGUCUUAACCACUACGAUGGCUAAAUAAACUCAUAGGUAAGCCGUUAUGCGCAGACAAGAAAACACUCCUAAUAUCGACAGGAAGUUGACAAAACUAGGGAAAUGAGAGAAUGAAUGGAUCAACACAAACACCAGUAUAAUAAAUUACAUACGAGCUGGACGCAAAGCAUUGCGUUGACGAUUUGAUGCUUAGUGGGGAUGCGGACAUAAAGUUGUGUCCUUUGUCUUGCAAACUUUGGCAUUGUUUAGUUGAAUUCUUUCAAGGAAUAUGUGGUGAUUAUUAAGAUUAAUAAUACGACUUGCAGCCACAGGGCGGGUGACGAGCUACCCAGUUGAUGUGUUUUUAAUGAGAUGGUCGACAACAGAAUCACGAGCUUCGCCGCCAACACCGCAGAAGCAAUUAAAGAGCAUCAAUUAAUAUUAAAUAUUUCAGCGGCAUUUAAAUGAAAUAAUUCGCAGUCGCCAUCAAUCCAACCACAAAAUGGCCCGAAUUGGCCAAUGAGCCGCUGGCUUAUAGCCGUCAAGAAGACAGGCGAGCACUGACAUACAAUGAAAAACUUUGCCGGUAUUCCGUAUGAAAUUUUCAUUAACCAAAGAAACCAAAGUGAUUUGGUAGUUGCUACCCCAUCGCCCCAGCAGCCAAGUUUCAAGUGAAAACUUUUCGACUUGCGCCAACUGGACACAUGUUACAAAAUUCGCAAAUACAUUUUUGGUUCUGAGAAAGUUUUCACGCAUUCGAAAUGCAAAUGAAAUGCGCGCGAUUGUUGACAAGCGAACCGGGAACGAAGUUGAAGUGAACAAAGUUGAACCGAGGCUGCAUUUCUUAUGAGCGACGAAAUGAAAAUAUUUCAAAAAGCAUUUCAAUUUCUCCAGCUAUACUCGUAAUUGAAAUUUGCAUUUGUAUGAUGCUUGCAUACAAAAAAACAAAAGCAAAAAGUGAACUUUGCCCAGCUAAGACAAGCAAAAAGAAACCUUGGGUCGGGUCGACUCCACCAUUGCCAGUUGACUGCCUGGCAAAAAAUAUAAAGAAAAAAAAAAAAUGAAAAACAAUUAAGCGCCGCGUCGUGGAAUUUUGAUUGCAAAUUUUUACACCAGAGGAAACCGACAGUGGAGCAUUCGUUUAAGGCCUGGUCAAAAUAUAUCUUAUGCCAAUUUUUUUAAUUCAUUAAAGCACGAAUGUAUGCAUGUAUGUAUAUAUUUUCAGCCACUUAAAGAUUAAAUCGUAUUUUUGUAAUUUUAAUGCAACAGUGGCAUUUUACCAAAAUCCGAGACUGUAACAAACUAAAAGCAAGGUGCACUAGCAUACCAAGCAAAUAAUAGCCAGAAUGCCUUCAUUUGCAAAGACUGCAAAGAAUUCUAAAAACUUCCUUGAAUCGAAAACAAAAAAUACCUAAAACUUUUACCAGCCAGCAUUGCCGAGGACCGCAAAUUGUUUUAAGUCAGACAGAAGGCUGAACAUACUCGCGGAAAAAAACAACAAAUAUUAGUACUUGUAAAAAGUACAAGCCUCGCAAACAAGGUAUCCUCUACCUGGCAGCAAAUUUUCAACGAGUCACUGACCAACACAAAACAGGCCAAGCAUUGUAGCGCACACUUGACCAAGAAGGCAGCUCCAGUCGGCAAACCGUAAAUUUUAUUGCAUGACUUGAUUAAAUUCGCAUACAACCUCAGCUAGACGGACGGAGGUCGAAGCUGGGUCAGUCAAUUCAAAGAAAUAAAAACCAUGGCCUUUCAGGCUUUUUUUCUGGCAUUUUCCCCAUUUUAACGUUUUAACGAAACUUAAUGAACUUUCAGUGUCACAGCAAAAAGAGUCACCAGCACCUUCUGUGUCUGCAUUUAAUGUUAUGAUGGAUAUUGUGCAAGCCGAAAAGCAAUUUUGAACUUUUUAAACAAUGUUUAAAUGUGUGGGAGCUAUUAUGAGUUCCGUUUCUAUGGUUUCCAGUGACAAGCCAACUGGGUUUUCUAUGAAUAGUUGCUUAAAUAUGCCUCACAAGACUUGAAAGCAUUUACAGUAAUUAGACGCAAAUAAGGAGCGAACGCUCGACUUAACGAUUCCCUCUAAUAUAUUUCCAAUGUGAGAAGCAGCAUUCGAACUACAAGCGUUCAUAUAUAUUUUUAGUAAUUAGAAGCAAAUAAGAAGCUAACGCUCCCUCUAAUAUAUUUCCAAUGUGGGAAGAAGCAUUCGAUCUACAAGCUUUAUAUAUAUUUUUGAUGUAUGUAACUCGAAUUCGUUAAAAGAAAAAAGACAAUUUAAUGUGCUUUCUUAAGAAGAUCAAAACGUAUAUAUAUUGAUACUAUGCCCCUUUAUAUACAUUUUUUGGAAAUUUGACUUACGAAGGAUGCUGAGUAGUUUAGCGGUUUGGGGCUUGGUGCUACGCUGCGCAAAAUUUAACGAAGCUUAACCUCGCUCAAUGGCAAAAAAUCCACUUUACUUACACUUUGGACUGUCAUUUCGGGCGCAGCUCAAGCAGCAAUUGUGCAAAUGGGAGGAGUUCAGUAAGUGGUCGACGGGACAAAUGUGUCGAGAGUUAGCGAACUUUUUCAAGCUAAAUGCAAGCAAAAAUGAUGAAUGAGCUGCAAGUAGCAGCCACGUCUCAUGCUGCUCAACGCGGAAUGUAGUGAGAAAUUAUUCUGAUUUUCGCAAACGCCAACGCUUGCCAAUGGCUAUGGCAGAGUUGAACGUGUCAUCUAUAAACUAUGCAAGAAAAAGGAAAAAGCUAGAUUACUUUGGAUACACAACAAUGAAACUGAAAUCGAAAGUGCGACAGCGUAAUACCGGAAAUUGGUUUCAUAUGACACUGGUAUCAUAUGGACUGCAACAUAGCAAAGACAAGGCGAUGCUUUCCUGCGUACCUAAACCCAGGCGCAAACCGCAAACACAUAAUAUAUACCAGGCCAAUAACGCCAUACAACCACAAGUGUGAUGAGUAUAUGCGCUAUGUGUGAAAUAUGAUGCAGAUGGUGUGUCUACGGAUAGAUUAACCUUCUCUUUGCAUGCUAGUAGACAGGGAAAAGGGCGCCUCAUUUAGUUUAGGUGAAAGUGAACGCAAUUAAUAAUAGAAACCAAGCGAAGCAGUGAACUUGACUCUCAGCUCAAUGCCCUAACCAGACAUUUGUAUAUCGUAUUACACAUACGUGAGGGCUAUAAAAACGUAGCUGCAUCUACGCAAUGUCACACUUGAAAUCCAACAGCGACUUAGUGCUCUGCUUCCUGUGCUCUUCGGCAAGGAUUAGCUAGUUGAUAUAAGCAAAAGAACAGGCUAUCAAGUAAUCUCGGCUAACCAAAAGCAUGAAGACACCCAGCGACGUGCAAUGUCGAAAUUGGCAAAAUACAAACAAUCGAUUAAUGAUCAAUGAAUUCAGGUGGCCCUGGCUAUUGCCGCUGUUGUUCUUGUUCAUAUCAAUGAGCCCGACGGCCGCGAUAAUGGCGUCGCUGCCACUGGAGCCGCUUCUGAGUGAACUGCCGUCAGCUUUGCGCCCACACCACCACACCAGAAGCAAUUACCAUGACCCGAACAAGGAGCCGUUUGCAGGAGUAGCAGGAUAUACGAGUACACGACAUUAUUAUGGCGCAACCACUGCAGCUGCUGACGGCCAACCGCUAGAUGAUGGCGUGGGUGACUUGGCAGCGGCACCAUAUGCAAAUUAUGAACCAAAAGCCGUCAGUGCUCUUAGUAGCACAGCCACCGGCUUUGUGCCAACGAGCACGCUACAGAGCUACAACAACAGAUUGCAGUCGGACUACGAUGCUCGGCAUCAGGGCAAAAUCGAUUUUGUCAUUAAUACGGCAAAUUAUGAGCUUGAUGCCAAUGACGAGCAGCCCGACUAUCAAAGCUAUUCAUAUCAGCCACGGGCGCUAGUGUCGCCCCUACGCGAUUAUCAUAUUGAGCAAUUUUCCAAUUAUCGCCAUCCGGCUGUAGGCCGAGAGCAGGAAAGGGUGGCAUUGCACCAACGACAAGUCAGCGAUAGCAGCAUGUUUGCCUUUGGCGGUAGUAGGCUGCGCCCCGAAUUCGACUUGCCUGUUAAACGACAACAACAGGAAUCCACCCAACAUUAUCGAGCGGAACCACAGCCGCAACAAGAGGAUCAGCAACUGCUUUACUCUCAGGCACAGGGUCACAUUGCCGAUCUGUCGGACAGUGGUAGUACUCGUAACUCCUUGCCUCCUAUCACAACUAGUGUCCAUCAUACCGCAUCGAGCAGCAAAGCGAUCGCUGGACUUCCACUGGCUAAGCAUAUUGAGGUCACCAAACACGUACCAAUAACUCACUAUCAAAAACAACACGUGCCCUACAAGCAGCCGGUUCAGAUACGCGUUCCCCGACCUGUGAUUGCGGCCAUUCCGAAGCCUAUUCCUAUCAAGAUACCCGUCUCAAAGACAGUGGCCGUGCCUCAGCUUCAGGAAGUCAAAAUACCAUUGGAAAAGGUUAAGCCAGUGGCUGUAGAGCGACCGAUUCCAUUUGUCGUGGAGCGCCGGGUACCCUACCGCGUGGAAAAGCCAAUAGCCACUCCCAUCUACUACCCAUAUCCCGUUAAAGUGCCUAUUGUACGGACAGUGGUGCACAAACAAAAUCCGCAAUACGUAAUACCCACACAGGGGAUGGGAACAUAUGGAGAAUGGAAUUCUGGUAAUCAUCUGCUGGGAUAAACAGUAGGUGUAAAUCAAACAAAAUCAUAUUUAUAUUUUAUUUUAUAUUUUAUUUUAUAUACCUACUAGAAAUAAAGUAUAGAAUCUAUACAAA